AUGAAUAAAGACGAAGUUCAUGAUGCAUGGCUUGAUGAAAUCGAUUGGACUAAUGUAAAAAAUUAUAAAUUAAAAAAUUCUGAAGUAACUGAAGAAAAUCUUGAUGAUCCAUCAAAAAUGAAUUCAUCAUAUAAUGAUGAGGAUGAUGAUGAAAUAAAUGAUAACCAAUUUAAUGAAACUAAUGCUCUAAAAUGUCUACUUACAAUCAUGCAACCUAAUGAAACUGUUGUUCGUGCAAUAAAACGACUUGGAGCAGCUGCAACAAGUAAUAAAUCGAAACAACGUUUAAAGCAACGAAAACCACUUCCCGGUGAAAUUUCAACUGCAUUAUCUGUUGAAUUAACACCUGAAGAAUUAAAAAAAAAUAAAUUUUUACUUGAAGAAAUGACUGGUCUUGCCGAUCAAUUUGUAUCUAAUGGUCAACUUGAUAUUUAUCAAGAAACCUAUGAACAACUUAAAACAAAACUUGAUCGUAUCGAAUCAUCUGCGUCUAGUUCGACUAAUAAUUCAGCAUUUGAUAUGUAUGGUGACAGUGAGAUUGCUUCAUCAACUACAGCCUCAACAUUAUCAACUAAUAAAAAUAAUUCCUCGACUGUUCUUUGGGAAUAUACAACCGAUGACAAUAGUACUAUUCAAGGUCCAUUUACAACUGAACAAAUGGUUCGUUUAACAAACAUUGAAGGAAAAUUAGAUAAAAAUAAAGUUCGUUGUCGUCGUGUUGGUACUGAACAAUUUUAUUCUUUAAAACGUAUUGAUUUUGAUCUUUAUCUCGAUUAA